UUAGCCAGAAAUUGCAUAUGCUUAUCAAAAAUUGACUCAUAUAUUGACAGGAAUGUCAGAUACAGAUUAGUGGGCAGUCAACAACUCUGUUUGUCUUAACAUACAAGCAUUUUCCUUUACUAUACUGGAUUUCUGAUUUCUCUUUGUUUUAUCCACAUUUUUAUAUGCAUUAUAUAUCUGUUAUUUUCUUUGUCCUUGAGACACACCCUAUCUUUGCUUCACCCAUACUCUUGUCUAUCUAAGCUUAUUAUUCUCAGUUGGAAACUACAUAGCUUUUAAACCAAUUGACUAAGUAUUAUUUUUUGCUUUUAAGAUACCAAGAACAUAACAUUUUUCUGUUUGUCUUCAUGCUUAUUUCAGAAUAAGUUCUUGUUUUCUUCUCAAAUCUAUGUUGGUUUCUCCCAAGAUCAGUUCUUUACUAGUUUUAAGUACUUUUAUUUGAAGUAAAUUCCAAAAGGGACUCUUAAUUUGAGGUUUUUAGUUUUGGCUCUAAUGGAUGUUUCUUGUGAUCUUGAAGUGGAUGUCAAUGGUGAAGAAGUCUUUAUGGUAGAUAAGAAAGUUAUCUGUUCCUAUGCAGGAAGAAUAAACAAAUUGUUUGGCAAAUCGAAACGAGGGACGAGAUAUCUAAAGGUGAUAUUUCAUGACUUCCCUGGUGGAGCUGAGAGUUUUGAGCUCAUUACAAGAUUCUGUUACAACAAAGGGAAGAUUCAUGAGAUAAAUCCCAUUAAUGUUUCAACUCUAUAUUGUGCUGCCUCUUAUAUGGAAAUGGAGAAAUCUGUAUCCGGGAACCAAAAUCUAUUCGAGCUAACCAAGAAAUCACUCGAAGAUAUACGGUAUUGGACUUGGUCAGAACUUCUUGAUGCCCUAAAACUGUGUCAAAAUUUGAUGCCCGUGGCAAGCUCUUCGGGUUUAAUUGAUAAAUACUUGGAUUCUCUUAUCGGGCGGGUUGCAUCUUCGUGUGAAACGAGCCCUUGUCCGUCAACUUCUUCUGCUGACAGCUCUGGAUUACGGUUGUCUUGUGACUCAAAGAGUACAGAGAGCUUGAGAAAUAGCGUAUUUCGGGCAACAUGGUGGUUUGAGGAUCUUGCUGCUUUUGAGCCCUUCUUGAUCGAAAUUUUGGUAAAGCAAAUGGUAUCCAAAAACCUUGACCAUGGGAUUCUUAGUAAGUUCCUGUUCUAUUACCAAAAAUCAAGAUUUGCAGCUGUCAAAUCGAUGGAUGAGAAAUGCAAGACCAUGGAGACAGUUAUUGAGAUGCUUUAUUUACUAGAUUUAAGCUGCAUGCCCUUCAAAACAUUAUUUGGAUUGCUUCGAAUUACUCUGAAUUUAAAGAUAAGCAAGUGCUCCAGGAACAAGUUAGAGAGCAUGAUUGGCUCCCAGUUGGAUCAAGCGAAUUUGGAUAACCUGCUGCUCACGUCACCUGUUGGAUCGAGCUAUUUAUAUGACGUGAAUUUAGUUCUUCGGUUAUUGAAAUCAUUCAUCAGCAAAGGGGCAUGUUGUGUUCCAUUAACUCGAUUGAGGAAAGUUGCUAGCUUGAUGGACUUGUAUAUAGCAGAAGUAGCUCCUGAUCCAUGUCUAAAACCUUCCAAGUUCCUUGGCCUGGUCAAGUCGCUGCCCGAGUCUGCUAGGGACUCAUAUGAUGCAAUCUACCAUGCUACUGUUAUGUUUCUUGAGGUCCAUUCGGGGAUAUCUGAAGAGGAAAAGUUGAAAGUAUGUAGUGGAUUGAACUAUGAGAAGUUGUCAUCAGAGGCUUGUAGCCACCUUGCUCAGAACAAAAAAUUCCCUUCAAAAUCUGCUGGACAAGCUCUCAUUUCUCAGCAAGUGAAGCUGAAGAGCCUGCUUCAAGAAACCAAUCAAUCCAGCCCUUACCUCGAUUCGCCUUGUAGUUUCAUGGAAACUGAAAAUAUGAGCACGGAAGAUCAGCAGAUUGUGCUAUACGCGGGAAAGCUGGAUCUUUCAACCGAGAAUGAGAAGCUCAAAGAACAUUUACAAGGUAUGCAAUGGAGAGUGCUAGAGUUGGAGAAAGUUUGCAGGAAAAUGCAAAAUCAGAUGGCAAAGAUGUUGAAAUCAAGAGUAUCAAGUCAAAACAAUGCUAGAUCUUUACCUAGACUAUGUUCUUGAAUCAUUUUUGUUUACUUUAUUAAUAUUAUUUACUUAUUUUUUGAAUGUGCAUGUAAAUAGAAAAUGAAAAAUUAGUGCUUUGUUUGAAUAGCAAGGAGUACUACUACUACUUUUACCCCAC